UAUAUAUAUUAAUUAAUAAAACGUAACCCUAAUGUUAUCAAAACUAAGUGUCAAUCUACCAAAUCUUACCCUCUGCUUCUCUACUCUCUCUCGCUCACUCUCUUCUCGACGGCGCGCACCUCCAUCGUUAGGGUUCCUCUUCAUCGCUCAUACCUCCAUCGUUAGGGUUCCUCACCACCGUGCUUCCAUCAUCAAACCACACCUUCCUUCUGCUCUGCUUCGUUUUCACCUCACCGUGCUUCAAUCAAUCAAACCACACCUUCCUUCUGCUGCUUCGUCUUCACCAUCGCUUCCAUCACUCAAGCUCGUGUGGGUUCUGCUUCUUCUUCACCGAGCCCGUCCGCUCCAGCGCGACUGCAUCCCACGGCGCGCCGCACCUUCCGCUGCCAUUAUCAAGCUUCAAACUGACAGUAUUGGGUUUGAUUCCUAUUGGGUUAAUGCAGUACGGGGACACUUCCCUUUGGAAGCAGAGGCAUAAUGACCAUGGGAUUGUCUUUCAUAUAAGGUAA